CUCGUCCACUCCCGUCGUCAUGUGGCUGCUCGACGCGAAAUCUGUGCGACUUGACCGUAUAGACGACGAGAAUCAAGUCCCACCGUAUGCAAUUCUCUCGCAUACAUGGGCUAAUGACGAAAUAUCAUUCCAGGAGAUGAGAGCUGCUGAUACUGUCACCGAUUUAACGACAAAAGCCGGAUGGUUGAAGAUAGAAAAUGCCUGCCGAUUAACCUUGGAAUAUGGACUCAGCUAUGUCUGGAUCGACACCUGUUGCAUCGACAAAUCCAGUAGCGCUGAAUUGCAAGAAGCCAUCAACUCCAUGUUCAAAUGGUACGAAUAUGCAGCCAUAUGCUUUGCUCACCUUGCCGAUGUGUCUGCAAACGAAGAUCACACCGACGAGGGGUCCGCCUUUCACAGAUGCCGUUGGUUCAAGAGAGGCUGGACGCUACAAGAGCUACUUGCUCCAACUGAAAUCGUCUUUUAUGAUAAAUGUUGGAAACCAAUCUCUCCCAAGGCACUACUUCAAGACAUAAUUGGGAGCGUCACAGGCAUCAAGACGUUGUAUCUCAGACCUACGAAUGGAUCUGGAGGCGCAUACGAGAGGCUAUCAAGCGCAAGUAUCGCGGAAAGAAUGUCUUGGGUGGCUGAAAGGGAAACGACACGGCCAGAAGAUUUGGCCUAUUGUCUCCUUGGCAUUUUCGAUAUUAACAUGCCUAUGCUCUAUGGAGAAGGUAUUAAAGCAUUCCAAAGGCUGCAAGAAGAGAUUAUGAGAGUCAAUGACGACAGCUCCAUACUCAGUUGGGGGUAUCAAGAACUAUGCAGUGAUUGGCGCCUAGACCCGGCUUCCAUUCUUGCGCCGCACCCCUCAUUUUUCAGGAAUUGCCGGGAUAUUAGGCCUUGUGCACUUAAGGGCUUCAAUUCAGCUUCAUUCACGAUGAACCAAAGGGGGCUACAGAUGAAAGUUCCUGUGCGGGCCGACUUGACACAUAAACAACUUGUGUACAUUAUUUUGGGUUGCGCGCCUCGCUCGGAGAGAGAAUGGUCUAUUCAAGAAGACGACUCGCAGUCUUUUGUGGCGAUACCAUUGGUCUCCACAAGCGCCUGCGACCAAUUACGGAUGCAUGGUGUACCUCAGAAGGGAGAGUACCUACGGCCGAACUGGUGCAGGCCGGCUCUUGUCUCCGAAGAAUUCCUGGAGCAGGCGGAACCGAAGGAGCUAGUUAUUCGACGACCCUCCGAGCAACAUCAGAAAUUUCGGGAAUUGCCCCUAGCCCUUGCAUGCCCUCCCAUUCCGAAUAAUGGUUAUACCAUAAUCGGGACUUACCCACCUCAACCGAUAGGAGGUCAAUUCACUUCUAUUCUCCAAUACCCCUCGCAUCAAAUAGCCCCUUGGGCUAGGAAUAUCCAACGAUCAUUCGAAGUUGAACAGAAAACUGGGACAACCAACAUCAAGCCAUUCUUGGUCCAUUCUGAAGAAGAUCAGAGAAUGAUUCACAUUAGGAUUCCAUCGCUUGGGGCAUUUCUUGUCGUCUUUGAUUAUAAGGCAGUGGUGUCGACCAUAGGUCCCAUUCCUAUCUGGCAGCGCCCUAUUAUCGAUUGCCGUGUUUUUCACUUUCCGGAACCUUUUCGCUUGGAAGCCUUACAUAGGCUAGUCAUAACCCAGGAUUUCACUCACCUCAAAGAAUUGGACCACCAGUGCAAGGGAGAGCGUUACAUUUUUGGAUUUGGUAAUCACACUGAGAUAUAUCUGGAAAUUGAACUAUCCAAUAUGGAGAAUGCAUCUCAAAUUACAGAUAUUUAUAUUCGGGUUGUUCUUUCAAGGAACCGUCGCUAUAUCGAGCUGCUGGAUAUGCCGGAAGAUACUUUGUUGAGCUGGAUAGACCGACGGAGGAGAAGGGCACAGGUCAAUCGCCAGACCAGUCAGAAGAUUCAUGAAUCUGUCCAGCGAACUUUGCGUGGAAUCUUUCCAAGAUAUAUGGGACCAUCUAAUCGAUAGUGAAGAAACACGGCUGAGCUUACAUUUUGUGAAGGACGAACUUGGUUGAAUUUAUGUACUGCAGCUGC